AUGGCGCACGACAGUCCGACCGAGGAUCACGCACUCGAGUCUCAGUCCAAUGCAAUCGAUCUUUUGAGGAGCGUUGCACAAGAGCACCUUCGGAAAAUCGACGAGGAACGAAUCCAAGAGCAGCACGAUGGGCUCAGGAAGACCCAAGACCUGGAGCGCUACGCAAAACACAAACGACCUGGAAAACAGGGCACGACGGCUUCAAGCCACGACACUCCUCUGCCCAAGAUGAGGACCGCCCAAGGCCAGUCAAGCCUUAAUAUUGCCUCCCGCAACUGGGACAAAGACCUCGACAUCACAGAAUAUGUUGUCGGUUAUCUUGAACGAUUCGAAGGGAUCAAGGAAAUGCCCGCAAAGAACUGGAUCUCUGAGAGCACCGACGAAGAGUGGAUUCCGCAACACCGCAUCAAAUACUUCAAGAAGAUUUGUGAAGGUGGUGAUCACGACGUCGUUUGGGAUCGCGAAGCGCGGGUUGACAAGAUCUUCGGCACUGGUGCGGGAGCGAGCCGGAUCGAUGAGGAUGAUAAGGUGGAUAUGGUCUCCGAAGAUGGCGGUGUGAGGUUGAUGCCUUGA